CACAUGCUAAUUACACUAAUUAGUACCAUCCAGCAGCACAACCAAAUCUUGUCUCCCAAACCCCGCAAAAAAUGGAAGACGAAGAGUACUACCACAUGAUGCUCGAGGACAUGGAGCGCCUCACCCGCGUCCACCACCACUACCCUUCGCUGCCCAACACCCGCGACCCAUCCCCCGCCCGUCAGCCUCAUCACCAGCAGCAACAACCACAACCACACAGCCCCUGGGUGUCCGGCCUCAGGUUAGCGCUGGAUAACGCGCUCAAUGCGGGGCUUGAGCGGCUGCGCUCUGCGCGGGCGGGGCAGGAUGGGAGACGGGGCAGUACCGGCAGCACCGGCAGCACGUCCUGAUUCCGGCCGUUUCGGUACAUUGGUGCUGGUUUGGGCUUCAUGGGACACGAUGGAAUGACUGUUUGGUUUUGUGUUGCGUUGUUUAUUUGGUUGGUGUUGGUGUUUAUGAUUACGCUUUUAUAUGUCAGGAAAACUCUCCGCAGGCCGGCGAUUGGGUGAUGAUACCCUAUGCUUUAGCG